AUGGAUGUAAUACACGGACAGACGUUGUUGCGACAAUACUCGGGCGACGGCCGCGGCAUCCCGACGGGCGACAGGCUCGUCGAGCCGCGGAGCAACUGUCGGCCACACGCUGCGGCUACUUUGGAGUUUCCUUCUCACGGCCCUCUUUUUUUUCCUUUCUGCUCUUUUUAUCUUACGGACGGCUGUUUCCUCCUAAUUUUGCUUUUUUUUUUUGUCGACACGACCGUUUCUGAAUGACUUUUGCUUUUUAUUCACCUAUGGCAUCAAAAUUCUAAAUUACCUCGUAUUCCAACUCUUUUAUCUCGUUUUUCGUCUAGGUUCGAUUGAUAUUGUAGCCCGUUCACCGUUGGUUUAAAACACAAUAUUUUUUCAAAUGUUUCGCUAAUCGAAUUUUGUUACGUUUUGUUCAAUUGAGCUGCGAAUGAACUAUGCAUAAAGAAAAAAAAAGUUUUUUGGUCAUAACCCUAUUUUGAGUAAAUUUGAAUUUUCUUUUUGAGAAGUGUUGGGAAUGUCUCUGGAGAAGAUUUUCUGAGAUCUUUUGAAACACCGUGAAACUUUUUUGUGAUGAGGAAUUGAUAGUAUAAAACCUUCGUUGCAAUUUUUUAUAAAUUCGUUCAGCAAAAAAUUUGAUUUUAGUCGAAACUAACUAUUGUAAAGAUGAAUCCGCUCUUGUGAGACCACUCAAGCCUGGUCUUGUUUUUACAUACACUUUUCUCAUUAAUUUUGGAGUACCACAUCAUUUCAAAAAUUGUUUAUCACGUUGGGAAACUAAAAAAAAAGUCAAUAUAGAACAUUUUUGAUGGAUGUGAGAAUCGCGCCCUUCGCUGCUAAAUUGAACCUCUGAACUCACUCUUCUUUUUUUGCGCUAAUCUGAUACUUCUGCAAAUUCCUAUAGAGGAUGUCAAAGAUUUCCUCGAUUGAAAAAAGAAAUAUUGAUGCUAUGAACUGUACGUCAGAGUAAAUAUUAAUUAGGACGUCGACGUCAGUUUUAUUUUUCUAUAAAUAUCUUAACAACUUCGAAAACGACAUCAAAAAUGGACAUUUCGCCGACGUUUCAAAAAGUCACUCGAGGCUUUUAGGCACAGCAACUUCAGUGAACCGAUCCUCCCACACUUUUUUUACUCGAGAAUAUUCUUGCAAUUUACCUAAGAGCACUAAAAUAUGUAAAAAAAGUUUUUUUCCAAUGACAUUGACUUUGUUUUUCCAAAUUUCCAAACUUGGAAGUUUUUCGCGUGGAAUUUGAAAUGAGCCCUAGAGAAUGAGAAUUUCUUCGGCUUUUUUAAAAUUUCAAGCAUUUUGUUUGUUAUUCUGAAAAAGAUCAACGUUUGUUUUAUGAAAAAAAUUAAGUUUGCUCUAUGGAAAUUUACCUGAUAACUAUGAAUUCAAGCCAAUUUAAUUUUUAUUCCUUCAUUGUUUUAACAAUUAAUCAGUUCAUUUAUUCGAUUAUAGGAAAUUUGUGUCCCACAAGGCCCAAAGACCUACUGUGAUAGUGAGAAGUGGUCGAAAAAUCAAAAAGUCGAACUGAAUUUUUGUAUAGUGAAGACCUGGAGUAUCAUCUCCUGAACGUCAAUGUUUGAUUAUAAAAUUAACAUUAACUUUAGUGCCAGUUUGAAACUAAAUUCACUUUUGUGCACGGUUGUUGUUCCAACUCGAACAGCUGUUUAUUCGAGCUCAUCGAGGGUUUUUGCCGAAAAAUCGAAGCCAGUGAUAUUGUGCUCCAAGGCAACACGACCGUUUGUCUCGAAUAUCCCACCAGCGGCGCUUUUUUCCCGGCAGAUUAAUUGCGGCGGCUGAAUCUCUUCGAGAUCUCUCAGGCUUCAUGUUCCUUCGGCUCCUUUCAAAACGCACAGUUGUCAGUGGCUUUUCCGCAGGUUUUCUCCCGACUCCACGUGGACUCUCUUCAACCAACAACCACAACUCCCUGUUUCUAAUUUUAGUUCAACUUAUUCUAUCGGGAAAUGCUUUCAAAUUGAAGUCCAGUUGUUCGUUUUCAAUUUUGAAACGUUUGAUUGUGUGUCUGCAUUGCAAACCUUGAUUCAAGAAGUUAUUUCUUGAAUUUUCAUUCAUUUUUCUUGUUCUUUCUUUCUCGUUAAAUGAAUUUUGAUGAAAAAAAAAUAAACAGUAACCGCAACAGCUUCUGUUUGAAGCUCUUGUUUUUUCAAAUGAAUUUCCAAAAAAUUUCUGCCAUUUGGGUGUACAAAAGUUCACACUGAAGUUUUUGAAAUCAAACUAUUCUCAAAUUUUCGAAGAACCACUUCAAAGUUUUUUUAUUCAAAUUUCAUUUACUGUGUCGUUUCAUCAUGCGAACUUUUUUUAGAUUUCCAGGUGAUAUAUUAUAAUUCUUAAGAAUCGCAAAAACUUCUUAAUUUCAAAGAAAUAUGCCUCAAAAGUUUCAACCGAUAGCACAAUCUUUAUAAAAAAAGAACUUUGGGAAGAUUUUUUUAAUUAAAAAGUAUUUAUGAUUGCAGUUAUAAGGUUAUUCCUCUAUAAAACCGAGAAUCUUUUCAGAUAUUCUCCUGGAAAUCUUCAACCACAGAAAUGACUAUUCUUGUUGGAAAAUAAUCAACUUCCCAUCAUUUAAAAUUAGUGAGAGAAUGAAAUCCCUAAUUUCCUCAAAAAAAUAUCCAAUAGUAAUAAAUCAAUCUCAAAAAUCAAUACCAAAGCCUGAGCUGUUUUUCUCAUGGGCCAGAUCCCCUCAAUCAUCUCGAAACGGCUCAUUUUCUUUGCCUCCGAAGUCCGACUUCCUUUCAACUCGAGUGAAAGCCCAAGUUCUAAGUGUGAAGGUCAUAAAAGGGCAUUUUGUGAGAACGAACGGCCGACCUCCCGUUUGUCGAGCCAAAUCUGCCUCCGUCUACUUUUAUUUCUUCUUUUUUAUUUCCUUUUCAAAUUCAUUCUGACGUUCGAAUCUUCAGUUUCGUUGCAGUAUCCGUAUCAGAGAACAAUUUUUUCUUUUCACUGACUUUUAUUUCUAAAUAAUGCCUCCUUUUGGGUGCUUAAUCUUCAAAGCGUUGAGUAGAAUUAUUUUUAGAUGGAAUACAUCAUUGUGUGCUUUUUAAAAAAAUAUUUCUAACGGUGCUAAAAAAAUUUCAAGAACUAAAAUGUAGGAAUUUCUAUGACUCUAAUGCUUUUUCAAGAAAAAAAUUGCGAUUGGCCAGAAUCUCGGAAUUAUGUUUACAAAUAAUUAUUUAGUUCAUUUUUUUGAUCUAAGAAUUGCUGGAGUUUUCGAUUCUCAGUUAUAUGCGCAAUUUUUUUCAAAUUUCGUUCGAGAAAAGAAAAACGCUCCGCUGUUCCAUUUUUCAUAAUUUUCUGGAUUUUUCGAAAAAAAAAAUUGCUAACUUAUUUUGAAUUUUGAAUGUUCGUUUAAAGCCUUUCUUCGGACUUUUGUGUUCAUUCGCAGUGUGCUCAAUCGAUAGAGUUCAAAGAUUUCGAGACGACGCUCCCUUUCAAUUGAUUAUCGUGUGAUUGUCACGAAAUUCGGAAUAUUAUAUUCAAAUUGUUGUAUCAUUUUUUUUUUCCUUUUCAUUUCAACCCUUUUUGUUUCCAGCGGCUUUGUUUUCGAAGGCACGUUGUGUCUGUUUGUAGCUUUCUCCUUAUUUAUCCUUCCUCAAUUGCAGGAUUUUGUUUUUUAAAUAAACUAAGACGUCUGCCUUUUCCGGGUGCAAAACGAUAAACAAACAAAAGAAAAAGUGACGCCAUCUUAUCCGCAGUUAUCUUUUAAUCCGCGGUUCACAGACCCUCCAUAUCUUUCUGAAUAAUCCCCACUCCAAUCCUCUCUUUUUACUUUUGAGCCUCAACCCGGUACAAAAUCUUGUUUUCACACUCUUAUUUCAAGAGUCUUUGCGAUCAACUUUCAGUUUUUCGUUUCUAUCUUCAUUUAAAAAUGUUUCAAUUUUUUCGAAAAGCAUUUCGGAAGAAAAAAUGGAUAGUUUGUCGGGAAAGGAAGAAAAUAGGCAAAAAUAUUUCCGAAUUUCGAUAAAAGAAGGUUCUGAUUAUCGAAAUAUGACUGACUAGUUAUCAAAUUCUUUUUCAUAUCAACAAAAAUAAACGCAAAAGUUACAGUUUCAAAGAGAUAAGUAAACAUUGAAAUCAAAGCUUUUGCACAUCAAGCUCAAGAUUUGGAAUAUUUUCCUUCGAUAUGAUAAAAUCCGUCUGUAUUGAGGAAAUCCUUAGUAAUAUGCGACGAAGAAGUUCAAAAGUCUGUCGAAUAUUUAUUUUUUCAAGUAAGCGAUGUAUGGAAUACAUCAUUUUGAGUUCAUUCAGCUCGUACCUCGUCAUUUUUUUUUUCAUUUUCGAGAUUUUCAAAUGGACAGUUUUGCAGUAUGAAAAGCCGUGGCGUGACCGGCAUCCAGCCCUAAAGAAGACGUCACGCCUCUGAGAAGUCGUCCGACGGCCCACGGUCAGGAACUGCGCAAUCACUUCUUCUCAACUUGAGCCACGUCUUCAGGAUUCUGCGAUCGGCCGGCGACGCGCCGACGACGUCAAACACGACGACUUCCCACAACCACGUUUCCGGCAUGCGUGCGGUCAGUUCCAUUUUUUGUUUUUGUCUUUUCUCCUUUCAACAGGCUUUCGCUUAUUUGCUUUCAUUCACCUCCAAAGGUAAGCUUUUUCUAAAACUUUUUUAUGAUAAAAAAUAAAUAAGAGAAUGUAUUUCGCAACACAACGGAGUAUCUUCAGAUUUUAACUCCUUCAAUUUCAUUUUUUUGAUUGGUUCCAUUCGAUCCGUGUCCGCAGGGAUCAGAUAUUUUCGAUUUUUUUUUGUUUAUGAGAGAAUGUUUUUUUCUGAUUGAGACUGCUAGGCCAUAGGCACAAUUCUUGAUCUUUUCGUACAGUUUACACUCGGAUUUUUCACGAUUUCAAAUUUAGCUCAAUGUGGAGAAUUAGAAGAACUGUUCUCAGGCUUGCUCCUUAGAAAAACUCAAUCUCUACUAAUGGACUUUCUAGGCAGUAAUAAUAUCCGGGGUUUCUACCUGUUUGACCCAAGUCGUCGUUUUUUGACCUGCAAACUCAGGAAGAACGUGCCUUGAAAGACGGAAUAAAUUUUUCUCGGAGGCACGAGAAAUUGAAGUUGGUCCCAUCUCUUGCCGACUUCGACUUCAUCUCAACUUGUACCGGAUAUCGACUGCUUCAGCCCAACAAAAAAUGA